GGGAGAACAAAACGAUGCCUGGCCAACAGCAAGAACGAACGAGGUUGGCGUCCAUGGGUGGCGAAUCUACUUGCAGCAACGUCAGUGGCGGAGCCAACGGUAGCACCGUCAUGAAGAUCCGGAGACGCGUGGUAAUGAUGGGCGCGGCCCGAGUGGGCAAAACUUCCAUAAUCAAACAGUUUCUGUACGACGAGUUUCCGGACCGGUACAAGGAAACCAUCGAGGAAUUGCAUAGGGGUGAGUGACGGUGAUUGUUUCGUGUCUUUUUAGAACCCAAUAUUGAUAACAGAUCUUUGAACGGCACGGAACGGACGUUCAGAAAGUAGACGCUUUAAUAGUUGUAAAAGUAUUUUGGCGAUAUAUACAUCGAGAGUUAACUAGCUGGGGAAUUGCAGGUUAUGAGACGGAAUGAUGGUCCUAGAAACCGUAUAAAGCCAAACAUAAAAAACAUAAUAAUAUUUGCUCGUCGAUUUUUCGAAAAUUCAAACGGUUCACUCGGUGCACCGCUUUUAUUGGACAACAAUUUGCACGGUCAAAAUUAAUAAUUAAGUACCUACCUGACGAUCCGAAUGGGUUAUUAUAUCUGUAACGUCACCGUCGUAAAUGCUAAAUAUACGACUAAUCUCAUUAGAUUCUCGUUAAGCAUUUCCCAACAAUAAUAUAAGGGAAAUUAAAAUUAAAACCUGCAUUUUAAUUGCAAGUUUGUUUUUUUUUUCGUAAGCCGAAUAAAAUAACGAUCAGUAAACCGUGAACAACACAAACGCUCGUAGAUUCGGUUGAUUGUGAAAAGAGGUUAAAAUUGACGUUAAAUAUAUUAGGUAGGAAAACGUGCAGAGAUUAUAAUACGGCUAUGGAAUUCUACAAAUUAUUACUUAUAUCGAUUCGCAGCAUAUAAUAAUGUGUACUUUUAUACGCCAAUCUCUGCCAAUUUCUUUCGGCGACACAUCUGAUCAACCUAGUGUAACAGACUCCUCAAAUAACCAUACUACAUCAAAUUGUACAAAUGUAAUAAUUUCCUUAUUUUAAUGUGUAACCUUACCACUUUCAACUUUUCUGUAAUUUGUAACUUAUGCAUCUUAAAUAUCUUUAUUGUGUAAAGAAUUGUUACGUUCAAUGGCCUUAAUCACCGCAUUUAUGUACCUACAUAAUAGUACCUGCUUUAUUUUAUAUUCCUAAGACAUGUUUCAGGAUUUGGUGCGUUUUUGAGACAUUUUCAAUAUGAGUUUUACCGUUAUUUUUAUUUUUAGAGCAUAUUUUAGUAUAUUUAAUUCAUAUAUUGUGCAUAUAUUAUAAUCAAAGGUUUUUAAAACAUAUGUGUAUAACUAGCGAUUGAUCGUACAUUAACUUUUUUCAAACUAAAACUACGAUUUUAGAUCAAACUUGUACUUUAUUCGAACUAUUUUGAAGUUUCGAAUUUUUUUGAGGUUUAAAAAAAAUUUUUAAAAUUUAGAAAAGCCAUAACAAAAAAUUAAAAAGAAAAUCUGCCGAUACUGUUCUAAUAUUUGAACACGAUUAAGCUCGAACUAUUAUUCUAACUGCUCGAAAUAUUUGAGUUCGAUCUCGAAACUCUACUUUUAUCUCCGACUUCGAACUGUUUAAAUUUCUUAAAGUUCGAGGUGUUCGAGGAUUCGAAGAGUUCAAUGACAUGUAUUACGCUCACGUAAUGUAUGCGAGUAUUAAUUUCUUUUUAGCACAAUACACACAUUUUGAUACAUUAUUAGAUUUCUUAUCGAAAAAAUAAAUUGACAAAGAAUUUUAUGUUUGACGAACCGUAAUAAUAAUAUAUUUUCUUGUGCGUUAGGAGCACCUAUAUGUUAUUCUAGUUGCUUAUAAUGUGUAGUCAAUAUUGUAUAUUUUUUCAUCAUUUUCUCUCCCACUUGUUUAUACUAUCUGCACAUUUCAUUACGUUUUAUACGAUCGUUUUUGCGAACUGCAGUCUCAUAUUUUCCUAGAUCGUAUACGAAUUCGAUUAUUUUUUGUGUUUUUUUUUUUUUUCAUAUAGGUAUUUCCAGAAAAAUAUUAAAUUUCACACUAUACACGUAUAUAUGUGCAUGGAAUUCAAAUCUCGAUUUAUUUGUUAAUCAAACGUCGCCCGUCCCCAUAUAAGAUAUUUUCAACGGCAAUUGUUGAUAAAAAAAUUAAUAUAAAUAUACACUAUAUCGAUAUCGGAUGUUUGGGUUGCUGUCCGUAGUUAUAGGAAAUAAAUCAGCGAAAUUAAAAAAAAUCUAACCAAUCUGGUCGAGCAGUGCAAAUAAAACUGAACUUCAUUCAACACUCAGAUUCAUUUUUCGUUUUAACAAUGAUUUAUCGUACCGCAGAGAUAUAAAUGUUAUCACUCUAUAUUUAUUUUAUAGGUACCUUUCCAACUUUCUGCCUACAACCAUAACACAUCCAUCAUCCAUCAGCUGUAUUAGACUUUAAAGUCCCAAAGAAGAAAGUCUUAAAUAAAUUUUUGGCAUUUUUUUUUAUAAUUUUCUUAUGAUAAUCCAUAAUUUCCGUAAUUUUUACCAUUUAUUGGGGAAACUUUUUAAUGGAAAUUAAGGAUUAUGAACAUCACAGAGUUCAAAAAAAUAAUCGUACGUUCUGUUCAAUACAAAGUUCACGGACUCUAGUCCACAGUUUUACUUCAAUUACAAAUCAGGAUUCAUAUAUCAUCACUAUAAAUAUCGAAAAUACGUUUUUUUUUUUUUUUUACAAGUUGAUACAUUAAUUAUUAAAAAACGUGAAUCCACCUGAAAGACGUGUACAUAAAAUAUUAAUUUUAUUUCUCCUCAUUGUUUGGAUCACGGCGAUAAAAUUAGUAGUCACGUUUCAUCGCUCGUAAAAGUUUUUGCGUGACUAUAUAAUCGACUGUAUCGCGAUACCGAGCAAAAACAUAAAUCCACCCCAUAUCCGAUGAAAAUGUUUAAUUUUAGUUUUCCCCCAUCCUCAUAAACUCAAGACAAAAAUAAUAUUUCUGACAAAAAAAAUAAAAUCUCAACUUUCCCUUUAUUAACGUCUACUUAACUUUAUCGUGUAAAUUGAUGUGCGGGUAUUUUUUUAAAUAUAAUAAUUAAUAGGUUUAGUUUCGCAAUUUCAAAAUUAUAUAAUUAACCCGGGUAAAAAACGUAUAGUUUUUACACAAUAUCAAUUGUAAAAUAAUAACAAUAAUUAAUAUUAUCGUCUAAAAUAUUGACGUAACCGCGCAAUAUAAUUACUAUAAAACUUUGAGAGGUUUCCCGCAAGGUACGCGGUAUAUACAUUUUUAAGGGAAUAGGUAAGGGGCUGGGGAAUUACCCCUCCGAUUCAGAAAUGAUGAAAAUAGUCUAAUUCGAUGUUUGACUCCUAACACAAAUAAUUGAUGGUCAGAUACCCACCCACUCCAUCCAUAAAUAAUCUACACCUACGCCUCUGCGUCUCUAUUGUUAUAAUAAUAUUACAUAGUGAUACAAUUAAUUAUUCUCUGUAAGCAAGGAUUAACCAUUGAUAGCGAAAAAACGAUUCUGAAUUGAGUUCGAUUUAUGGUGUUGCUUUGUCAACAAUAUAUAAUACGCCAUAUUAUGGUAGAAUAAUUACAUAUGCAUUAUAAUAUAUUUUCUUUAAUAAUAUUUAGUUUAACAUUGUACCUUUUUUCCCGGUUUUCCUUCGUUUUCCCCUGUUUUUCCAUGUUUUACCUUUUGUUGGGAAAACUUCUGAGAAAAUCAAAAAUAUGAUCUCCCUAAAGUACCUUUCCAGUCAAAUUCCCCUUUUAAAAAAGUGCUAUCAUUGUAAAUCGGAUCAAAAUUGCUGGUAGAAAAGUUGUUCAAAGAAAAAAAAAAAAAAUAAUAAACAUCAUUGUAAAAGCAAUACAUUCCUCGCUCCACUCAGAAUAUAAAAUAUUAACAAACUUUUUCGAUACAUAUUGGUUUCAUUCGUUUCAAGAGCGUUCUGAGAAAACCUUAGUUCAAAAAAGGCACUUUUAAGUCGAAAAAAUUUGGAAAACACAGAAAUAAUGUUAUUUUCACAUAUAGGAGACUAUGACCUUCCCGACGGUGCAAAACUGACGUUGGACAUUCUGGACACGUCGGGAGCCUACCAGUUCCCGGCCAUGAGAGAGCUAUCGAUAUCCACGGCCGAUGCGUUUAUUUUAGUGUUUUGCGUGGACAGACAAGAUACCUGGGAACAAGUCAAACACUUCAAAGAUCAAGUAAAUUUCAACAAUUUUAUAAUAUGUUACUAUACGGUAUUAUGGCUUGUCCGACAAUUAUAAGGCGGGACCAUUUUACACCGAAUGACUAAAUUCUCUUCCUCCGUCUGUGUUAAAAUCAAUCUAUUACGUUCAAACCUUACAAUAUUAGAGAAAAUGUUAAAAAGAAGAACGAAGGAAAUAAAAUAUUAUAAUAUCAAUUAAUAAAUUAGCGAAUCGCAAUAAAUUGGGCUGGAAUUUCAAUGUGCAUUGUAUUGUUUUCCAAAGCUCGUUUUGUUUGAAAUUAGUGUCAUACAUUUUUGAAUGAGAAUAANUCAAUGUGCAUUGUAUUGUUUUCCAAAGCUCGUUUUGUUAGAAAUUAGUGUCAUACAUUUUUGAAUGAGAAUAAAACAUUUUAUUUUUCAUUUUAAUCAUUUUUAAAGCCAGUGUGUUUAUUUGUUUUAGUCCAUUUCAUAGGUGAUUAUUUGAUAGGUCAUUAUUAGAGCAUAAACCAUUUUUCAGGAUACUUUCGGAGUAUUAUAUAGGUAGUAUUACAUUUAAAUUAUUUAAAAAAUACUUAACUUUGAAUUUUUAAAUGAGUAACUGAUUAUAAAUAUCCUGCGGUCUUAGUUUUUAAUAUAACAUUUACUGGAAAAUAUUAAGUUUUGUCCGGAGUAUACGAAAUGUAUAAGUACACAGUUUAUUACGGAGGAAGUACGAUUUAUUAUUUUCGGUAUAACUGAAGGAAAUGAACAGGGGAGGAAAACUCGAGUAUAACACCUUUUUUUUUUUUUUUUUUUUAAGAGAAAUACUACAGUUCCAGUAAUAUAAUUGUUGCGUUAUUUUAACAGGUUCUUGACAAUUAAUAUAAUAUUUAUUAAUGUCUCCGUCUUGUCUGUAUUACAUGUGUAUAGAUAAUGGAAAGACGAGGACCGAAAAUUCCAAUAGUCGUCGUGGGCAACAAAUGCGAACUCGCCGAAAGAUUUACGCCGGUCGAAUCUACCGAAACAAUCGCCAGAUUUGAUUGGGAAUGCGGUUACGUCGAAUGUUCGGCCAAAGAAAACACGAACAUCGUAAAGGUGUUCAAGGAACUUUUAACUCAGGCAAAGGUGGGUGAACAAAUAAUAAACAAUAAUAAUAAUCAAUUUAAUUUAAUAAAAAUAAACAUAAACGAGAUGGAUUUCACCUGUAUGAUAAUAUUAUGAUUCGAGUCAUCGUCGGGAAUUUUGUGCAUGUAUAUCCCACGAAGACCAUUACGAUAUCUGGGGAUACAUCGACUUUUUUUUUUUUAUAUGUAUAAUUUAAGAAAAAAGUAGUUCGAAAACGUUACAUUACCAUUAUUUUUUGUCAACAUUAUUUUUGAGGAUGAUCCGACUGCCUACACGCACACUCUCAAACGCCGCGCGCAGCGCCGCCACGCAAAUGGUGCUCCGUUACUCUCCCCCUACCCAAACAAACCAAAAGUGGAAAAUCUCAUCGACGGGUUUACGAAAAUCAAAAAUGUCAACCAGGCCCAGCCAGCUUGAAGGCAGGACAAGCUUUGCACGCGCACAGACCCCCGCGUCCAAUCGUUAUCAUAGCUAGAUAGUACAUUUCGCAUGAUUAAAAAUUAACAAAAUAAAAAUAACCGUAUUGUAAAAAUGUAUCUACAUUUGAUAUUGGAAGAUGAAAAACGAAAUAAAAAAGCAUAUUGAGGCCCGGAAAAAAUGACUGCGCGGAGUCUCGAUUUUUUCCAAGCCGGACGUCAACACCAAAACGUAUUUGAAUUAAUAUUUCGUUUAUUUAUGGAGUUAUUAAUAUAGGCCGCCGUUCGAAAAUCAAAAGUAGUUACCUUUAUAGUCGUUUCACCCCCUAAAAUACGGAUGACGAAAGAUAAUGGUCAUGUAACGUUUGAGAGCUACUCGUUUCUUGAAUUGUAAGAAGAAUUUACGGAAAAAAAAAUGAUUACCACGACGUCGCAAUGAUCUCCGUAGCACCAUCUGUACGUAAUAAUAUUCUAUUCGCAGACCAACGAGAUUUCGGGAACGUGUUGUGCAGCGCAGUCUAAUUUAUUAUUCGUCGAUAAUAAGUGUUUCAAAUAGUGUCAGUUUCCAGAAAAUAUAAAACUUAUUAUGUCGAAAAUAAUUGAAGCGGGUAAAUUAUAUCGACCGAUAAAAUUUGAAUAUUUCAGUUGUUGUACAACUACAGUACGUUCCCUCAUUGUAACAAAUUAAUAUUCAACCGACAUUAUUAUCAUUGGACAACGAUUCCGACAGUAAAAAUUGCGAAUUUCAACUCGAACAAAAGAACGCAAUAAUAACAACGCAUACAAAUCCGAGAAACUCGGGGAUCGAUAAUAAAUAAUUAUAAUAUCAUGUUCGGUUAUCAUCGUUAUAAUUUUCUAGAAUAUUCUUACGUGCACGAAAGACUAUAGUGGCUCGUUAUUUCCGCCGUAUAUAUAGAUUUGGAUUUUUUUUUUUCAACUCUACGCACGAUUAAAAACUAUACAUACUGACUCCGCAAAGUCUCGUAGCAAUUUUUUAUAAUCGUUUUAUUGACCGUGUUACGUUAUAAAUAUCACAGCGCACGGCAACAGUAAAAAAUGUAUAAAUAUAAAUCUCUCUUUUAUGUUAUGAUAUAUUGUCAUAAGAACCGAACGUGUAAUUUUUCGUAACAAUUCGGUACAAUGAAUAAUCUUUUAUGCGCAUUUUAUUUGAGAAACAAAAAAAGAGAGAUUAUUUCCAACUCGGUUUCAUUUUGACACAGACCGAAUAAGUGUAACUGUAUUAUGCUUGCGAAUAUAUUAUUAACAGCGAUGGUUUUCGGAUCUUUUCUCGAAACAUUUUCGAAACCUCUUGGCGUACGCAUACAGCGAAUAAACCGAAUAAAUCCUACGAGAGUAAAGUAUAGAGUUCAAGCCUCAGUUCGUACCGUACGACGAGUGAUAUCGUGAAUUGCACAGUCUCUACUAAUUUCUAGACGUUCCCCGAGACCUCAAGAGGACGUCUGCAACGUGCAGUGCAUUUUUUAACGUGUAAAAACGUUGCGCCGAAUGAUCGUUUUAGCCCGAAACGAUUCGGUGCGAUUUAACAGAAAACGGCCCGUGAUGAAAAUCCAAAAACGCUGCUUUAUCUAGGUGAUGAAUCCGUUUGAUUAAAACAAAAAACAAAAAACAAUCAAUGUUUUAUUCUUGAAUCCGUCGUCCAAUUCGAGUCCGUUGAACAUCAAUUACCCGCGCAGCACCCUAGAUAAUAAUACGCCGUUUACACAAUCGCCUAAACGCAGUCAAAAAUAAAUCCCCAAAAGACAACUCCGGACGAAUUGCCCAUUCUGUACCGAUCUAAUUUGCAACCGUGUUUGAUUUUAUAGGUUCAGUACAACUUGAGCCCGGCCGUGAGACGCAGGCGCAUGUCUCUCCCGAGUUACGUGGGAAAUCGUCCGGGAACGACGGGAACAAAGGGACGUAUCAUGCUCAAAAGGAAUUCGUGUACCGUGGCCUGAACCAAUCGAAACAAACAGAAACCUACGCGAUGUUUUUAUUUUUCAUUUUUCAUUUUUUUUUUUUUGUUUUUUUUUUGUUUUUUUAUAUAACCGUAUUAUAAUGUUAAAACUAUAAAUGUAUUAACAGAAUUUAACGACACAUAGGUGCGCGAACCGUAGACACGUUGUGACUAGACCGGGAACGACGGCCGAUUUACAUAUGUCCACGCAUAACUGACACCGGUGCCGACACAAUAGGCACAAUGCGAUUUGUUUUUUCACGGCCGAAAAAUUACGUACGCGAGGGUUUUUUUUGUUUUUUUUUUUUAAAUUAUUAUUUUACACAUAUUAUACGGUAUUUCGUUGGUAAAUCCCCGCCGAGUGUAACCGCUUUCGUCACGGCGCCCGUCCCGUCCCGGUUUCGCGAUUUUGCUACCGUUGCCAGUCUACGCGGCGAUAUUGAACCGCACGUGUUAAAACAAAACAAAAAAAAAACGUCUACGGUUUUUUUUCUGUCUUUCGGAUGCCGCGGCCGGCCGCUGAAGCGAGCGGGCGUUCGUAUCACCCGCGUGCUACUCGCAGCGCA